UAAUGAUUGGCAAUCACUAUGAUAUCCUUGGUGUUAAGAGAGAUGCUAAAUAACAAUAAAUAAAGAAAGCAUAUCAUAAAUUGGCCUUAAGAUGGCAUCCUGUAUUUAAUUAAACUAUAUUUAGGAUAAAAAUAGAGAAUAACGUGCAUUUGCAUUAGAUUAAUUUCAUAGAAUAAAUGAAGCUUAUCACACAUUAUCAAAAUUAGAGUUAAAAAUACUCUAUGAUCAUUAGUUAUCUUAAUAUGAAUCAAUAGAGUCAAUCAAAAAUUUGAUAAGAUUGUUAAAAAAAAAUGAUUCAAAUGAUUAAAAUAAUGAUUUUGAUUAUUCUUACGAUAAUUUUUUAUCUGAAGAAGAACAAGAACUUUUAAGAUAAUUUAAAUAAAGAAUCAACGAACCAGGAAUUUAAAAAAAAAUCAGAAAAUCUCAUUGA